AUGGAUCGAAUAGGGAUCCGUGACAAUAUCGAAGCCUUCAACGGCGAUCCCAACAAAGGAGCCAGUGAUACUAGUCUCCUACUGAGAGCAUUUGACGGCGUGCAAGGGGUUCCAUUCCAACGAGCAAUGCGACUUCUCGCCCUGCCCGUCCACCAUUCGGCGAGGGCUUUUUCUACACGACCAUUUACUGGGACAUUUUUGCGGCGGCGGCCAUCCCAGCUUAUGCGUGCAGGGAAAUUUGUCAAGGGAUUUCCAGCCAAUGAUGGCGCCUGGUAUGCAGCGCCGCCGACUUCCACAGACGAAGUUGUCUUAAAUAGCUUUGAACUGUGGCUGUUUGGUCUUUCCGAUUUUACCAAGGAGAAGCUGCUGGAGUUCUACCCACUUGUGGAUUUUGAGCACAUGGUCCGACGUGAGUAUGACGGGCCUAUUUCCGCGCAGUACUACCGCACUUCACAGAUGAACCGGGAUCUCGGGCUCGUGUGCCCAGUUCUGAACUUUCCAUGGCAGUACAUCCGCAGUGGAGGCGUAGAACCAUUGUAG